AUGUCUUCAAGUGGGCAGCAGGAAGUGUUGUUUGGCAUCGACUUAGGGAACGGCACAAACGAUGCUUGGUUUCCAGAGCCACGGCCACUAAGACGUCUGCUGGAUGCAGUCAAUACAAUCCUCGCCUGCCUGGCUGUGCUUGGUAACGGCAUGGUCAUCACCGUUAUGCUGCUCAGACGACGAGUGUUCAGCUCCUUCACAAAUCGUCUCAUCCUGCACCAGUCCAUCAUUGACUCGAUUGCUGGAAUCCUGUUCUUCUUCCUCCAUGUCGUUAUCAAUACUCAACGCAUUUCAGUAUCCAUGGAGAGAAGCAUCAAUGACCAACUUGUUUGUCGCCUCAUGUAUUCAGAUUUCGCGCUUUGGUGCGUCUGUGUUACAUCCACGUACAACCAUGUCAUCAUAUCGGUUGAGCGGUUUAUGGCGAUUUGUUACCCGGUGAAACAUCGCAACACAUGGACCAAAUCAAAGCUGAAGAUUGUCGUCACCACUGCCUGGAUUGUAGGCUGCAUUGAUGGCGUGCCCGUUUUAUUUUUCACUGAACCUCACCAGGGGCAUUGUCAGAUGGUGAAUCUCAAAUCUGGAUGGGAUUACUUUGUAUACACAGUACCCUUUGCAAUCCAGUACCUGGUACCUAUCACUGUCAUUACAUUUUCGUACACACGGAUUCUCAUCAUGCUAACCAAGAAAUGUGUUAAUCCAGUGAAUGGUGCUCCGAAUGUAAUAAGCAAAGCUAAGAAUAAUCUCAUCAGCACUACGCUGAUAAUAAGCAUCAUGUUCGUCUUGUCAUCGACAGACUGUUAG